CGUCCAGUCGUGAUACCUCAAAUUGCCCCCGGCAUCGCCCCCCUCACCCGCACUUAUAGCCCCUCCCUCGCAUCCAUGGGCAUCGACAUCACCACCUUUCUGAACUUCCUCGACACCCUAAACAUCGCAAUCUCACCUGCCCCUCCUCUGCAGAUCAUUGACCUAGCAGGUGGCAUAUUGGGCAUGGUGCCCCAUCAUAUCCCCGCUUUAGUAGGAGGAGGACUCCAAGCUAGUGCGAAAAUCGCUGGCGCGGUCACCUCUAAGGCACGAUCCAAAGCCGUUUUGGAGAAGGCCAACAAGGAGGUCUUUGAGCCAAGGGGGAUGAAAAUGGAGAUCGUUGAUACUGCGGAAUUGAAGAGAAGACUAGGCAUCACGGGAUCGUUGUUGGGGACAUUGGACGAACAAAGCUCUGUGCUCAGUGUUCAGCAGAGACGAUUCAAGGUGUUGAAACCGUAUACCGCAUCUCUGGAUCUCGAUGUACCGAUGCCAGAACAGCAGGCAAAUGUCAUCGACAGAUUGUCUGCUGCUCAACUGAAAAGGCAGAUGGCUAAGGCUGAGGAA